UCAAGCAAAAGUUUGGCUAUUCGGAGGGAGGGGGUCAAAUCCAAAAAGAGAAGAUGAGCGACACAGAGGCGCAGAGCGCAGCACCGUUUGAGCAACCUCAACCCGAGAGAAAAGUCAUCGCGACAGGGGUGCAAGGAACUGUGAAAUGGUUCAAUGUACGCAACGGAUAUGGCUUCAUCAAUAGAAAUGACACCAAAGAAGAUGUGUUUGUUCAUCAGACUGCAAUAAAAAAGAAUAACCCAAGAAAGUUCCUCAGAAGUGUGGGGGACGGCGAGGUUGUGGAGUUUGACGUUGUGGAAGCAGCUAAAGGCUCCGAGGCAGCCAAUGUGUCCGGUCCGGGUGGAGUACCUGUCAAAGGUAGCAGAUAUGCCCCCAAUAAACGCAGAUUCCGUAGGCGCUUUAAUCUCCAGAAUGAACGCCCGGAUCAGGAAGAGGCAAAAGCUGGUCCUGAAUUUGAUGGAGAGGGCAGCGAAGAGAAGGGAGCCCCUCCACCACGCCCUCUGCGUCAGCGUCCACGCAGAAGACCUGCAGCGCCACAAGGCGAGGUAGAAGCAAGAGACAAGAACGAGGCAGUAAAUGGUGCCCAGCAGAGGCCGCCACCACGCAGGUUCAGACCUCAAUAUCGAAGGCCAUUCCGUCCUCGUCCGCCUACUGGAGAGGCUCAACAGACAGUUACCCCUGCUGAAGAUCAAGAGUCACCCCCUAAAGAGGGUCAGAACAAUGGUGAGCAGGCUGAAGGUCAGCUGAGGAAACCCCGAAGACAAUUCAGUCGUCGCAGACAGAGGAAAUCUGAAUCCGGUGCAUCUAAAGAUGGAGACGAACCUGAAAAAGUGGAGUCCCAGGCUCAGACCUCUAAACCGUCUAAUGUCAAAUCUUCUGAAACUUCCCCAAAACAGUCCCCUAAAAAAUCUGAGACGCCUGACCCCAUAGCUGCCAAGUCCGCAGAAUGAUUUCUGUGACCUGGAAGGAAUCAUGUGACCCUGGCAAGAGGUGGGACUUCCUGAGCUAAACUGGUACCGUGUUGUGAAGGUGGUAUAGAGUUUUGGCCAUCAAACUACAACCGCUGCUAAAAUGCAUCACAUGUUGUCAGCUGACCCUGAGCCAAAUUAAGCAGCAGCCACUCUGUAUUUGGAAAAUCUUCGACCAACUCUGGUUUUAAGUUUUGUUAAAGUGAAAUUCUAGAAAGCUUUUUUUUUUUUUUAAAUGGCAUCCCAAGUAUUCGUUCAAUUCAGUUUCCAUGUGAUCAAACAGGAAUGCCAAACAGGUGCGGAAAUAAUGCACAAGUAAGUGCUGAUUUCAGUGUGUUCUUGGAUCGUACUGUUUUAGAUGUAAAUUUGGCUAAAUUAUGCCAUAAUGAGUUUGGAAAAACUGGCCAAGUUUUUCUGCUGAAUGUUUUUAUGUAACUGUUGAAUUCUUGUCCUCUCUCACUAUCUUACCUUUUCUAUUGAUCUUACUUUUCGGUCUCUUCCUUUCACACUUUUUCUGUUGCUUUAUUGCUGCAUAGGUUCCUGGGUAGGUUAGUUUGGGUGGUAGGACCUUGCCGGUCUCAUCAAACAUUCAACAAAUGUGCACACAACUUGCCCCUGGCCUCUACAUCCUGUCCCUCCCCCAACCUGAUCCAUCCCUUAUGGUCUGGACCCUUCGUCUUUCAGAGUGAGAGA